CUCCCUGUUUCUUUUUUUCAGUUUCAAAAAAUAAAUAGCAUCAAUUUGAUUUCUGCAUCUGAAAAAUUUGCUCCUUUCUUCUCUCACUUGGUGAAAAAAUACGAGGGAAAUCCCAAUUUUCAAUUCAACGCGGUUUCAAUUCUCUCACGACAAGAGCUUCUCCAUGUUCCUACUUUAAGCCCUUUUCUACUUCACCCUAGGGUUUCCGGAUUCAUCUGAUCUUCGAGCUAUUCACUCAUGAAAGAGAAGAUUCAGCUCAAUUUCUCGCUGAGCACGUGUUUUCCAGCAUUUCUUGAGCCCCCUUUUGCGGUUUCGGAGCUGGGUCGAUUGGUGUGAGGAGCAUUUAGGGUUUCGUGUUUUCCGUGUUUUUCGGGGGGUUUUGAGGUACUUUUACAGCUACGGUUUGGAUUUGGAGUAUGGGGGGUUAAGAAUUCGAGUAAAGUUGGUAGUUUUCUUUUUGUUGCUUUGGAAAUUGAGAAUAUUUGUGAGUGAAUUGGAAGAGGGGUGAAGAUGUUUUACUCUCAGUUUAUUUUGGCGAAGAAGGGGCCACUUGGGACCAUAUGGAUAGCUGCGCAUUUGGAGAGGAAGCUCAGAAAGAAUCAAGUGGCUGAUACUGAUAUUGGUGUCUCAGUUGAUUCAAUUCUUUUUCCCGACGUACCAAUCGCACUCCGUUUGUCUAGUCAUCUUCUGCUUGGUGUCGUGAGGAUAUAUUCGAGAAAGGUGAAUUACCUUUUUGAUGACUGCAGUGAGGCAUUGCUUAAGAUAAAGCAAGCUUUCCGCUCCACUGCAGUUGAUUUGCCACCAGAAGAGUCCACUGCACCUUACCAUUCUAUCACCUUACCUGAGACGUUUGAUCUUGAUGAUUUUGAACUACCAGAUAAUGACAUAUUUCAAGGCAACUAUGUUGACCACCAUGUCAGUAGUAGGGAGCAGAUCACUCUACAAGAUACCAUGGAGGGUGUGGUUUAUAGUAAUUCACAGUUCGGAUUAGAUGAGCGGUUUGGUGAUGGUGAUGCUUCUCAAAUUGGUUUAGACCUUGAUGAGGUUUUGUUAACAGACAAAGCAGCUACUUUGGAGCAUGAUGACAGCAAUGCUGGUCCUCAAGUGUCCCAUCAAAAAGAUGAAGUGAAAGAGGAGGUAUCUGAACUUUGUUCAAGUCAAGUGAAAGUCAGGAACCCCAUCAAUAUUGAUGAUUUCCCUGAUGCUGCUGAAGCCGAAGGUCCAUCUACUCCUGGACUUGAAGAGCCAAACUUGCUUGGUGCUCAGGUGGAUCAGGUAAAUAAUGAAGCUGCUAAUGAUGAUUUGGCAGACUUCAUGUCAAUGAAGAGCCAAAAUGAUUCUGUUGCACAUGAAAGGGAGAAUGAUAUAAUUGAUUCCUCCCUGCAAAAUAAUGUGAAACAAAAUGGUGAAGAUUUCCAUCAUGAAAAUAGUGACAGCGAAAUGGUUGACAUGGACAAAGAAAAAGAGGAACAAGAUCAUUUGGAAGGCAUGACGACAGAUCAAGAAAAUUUGAUACCAAAUAAUCAUGGUUCUGAAGCAACCGCAAAUGAAACUGUUGCACCUCCUAGUUCUCAUGUUACAUCUGAUCAAGAGAACCCCUCUGAUAGACUUCUAUCUAAAAUGGAUUGGCCUCAAGAGCCAGAAUCAGAUGGCCAUUUGGAGGAUGUUCCCUCAUUGUCAAAGGAUGAAGUUCUGGAUGACCGUGAAUUUUCUAAGCCUGAGGGAAAUUUGAGUCCUGUCGAUGAAGCUAAAAAAUCCAUUGUGACAAGUCCUGUAGGAUCACCUAGUAAACCUCCAGAUGUUGAUGUUGAAGUUCAGCCCUCCCAGGAAUUGAUGGCAGCAGAGGCUUUAAACCAUGAUUCUCAUGAAGCUGAGCAGCCCACUGAGUCACUCCUUCGGCCAUGCAGCUCCCAUUUGACCCAGCCUUCUCCGUCACAUGUCGAAGGUGAGAAGUGUCAUGAAACUGAUGUUCCAGAUCCUGCGUUAGGUUACCAGGAACCUAUAGAGCCAUUUGUAUCUGAAGGAAAUCUGGAUUUGGGGAAGUCAGAUGAGCAACUUGGGAGCAAAACAUUUAGUGAUAAAGAAGAAAUCAUAGAGAAAUCUGCUGCUUCUGUGAUGCCAGAGCCUGAGAAACUGCUCUCCCUUCCUUAUCAACAUGAUGGUGAAGUAACUGAUAUGCUCUUGGAGUCUACUCCAGAUAAUCAGGGUGUAUCUGACAGCCAUACAGGUGCUGACAGAGGAAAAGGAAUCUCAGGCAAAAAGCGCAGUUUUACAGAAAGUACUCUUACGAUGCAAAGUAAUGAUUUGCUUGAAUCAUAUGGUGGGGCUCAAUCCAAGAGAAGUAGAGAGACUGUCCCUGAUGAUGAUGAUCUAUUGUCUUCCAUAUUAGUUGGUAGACGAUCUUCAGUAUUAAAAAUGAAACCCAGUCCGGCAGUCCCUGAGCUAGCAUCAACCAAGCGCUUUCGUAAUGCUUCUGCAACACGCCCUUCUGUUUCAAAACGGAAGGUGCUUUUGGAUGAUACAAUGGUGUUGCAUGGCGAUACAAUACGGCAACAGUUGACAAGUACUGAAGAUAUACGUCGCAUAAGGAAGAAAGCACCUUGCACCCGUCAUGAGAUUAUAAUGAUUCAAAGACAGUUUCUGGAGGAUGUAAUUUUCAGUGAAUCAAUAUUUACAGGUUGGUCUCCUGAUUUGGUGGUUUUGCAAAGCGGGAGGGUAGAUUUCUCUGGUAUCAAGGUGAUUGAUGAUGGUUUGGAUAGUUCUGUCAAUGAAAAAACAAACGAUCUGGAGUCCCUUUCCAGAACAAUGGCCGAAACUCAUGACGCAGAAGGGAAUGUUGUUCCAGUGAGUGUCCAACCCCAAGAAGUAGCAGAAGUGCAGCCUAAUGAGAUCUCUGUUUUGUCUGAGAACCACCAAUCUGAAGUUAACUUGGGAUCUCAUGAUAUUGAUGCUCAUGAACAUUUUGCAAAGGAGCCUCAUGGUUCUCAGGAUGCUGAAAUGAAUAAUGCCGGAGUAAAUAUUGAGAUCUCUGAAGCCGAAAACUUAUGUGUUGCCCCUGGACCUGGGCAUGAAUCUUCAUCCUUAACUGAACUUGUUGAAAACAACCCUGUUGCGGAUAAAACCAAUGAUCUUGUUGAUUCUAUCCAUUCGGAGAUGGGCAUCCCAUCCGAUCAGAAUUUGAAUACAUCUAUUCUAGAGGAAGGGCUUGCGGAGGAUAAAGUCAAUAAAAGUGGGGUAGAUGCUAUUGAAAUUGCAGAACAUAGUAUGGAAGUUAGAACAGAAGUUCAAACAGAUGGAUUGGAAGACAAUGGUUUAUGUGCACCCUUGACUGCUGGUCCUCAGGAAGCCAAUGAAUAUCCUAAUAAUCAGGCUUCCUUUAAUGGAGACCUACCUACAGAAGAAAAUUGUAAUAAAAAUGAGGAUCAGAUUGCCCAUGACAAGGACACACUGUCUGGUUGUAUAGUUGGUGAAAAUACUGAAGUAGAUCGUCCAGAGUUUGCACUGCUUGUUUCAGAUGAGAAAGAGGGUUAUCUGAAUGAUACAGAACAUCCACUCUAUCAAGAAGAUGCAGUACAAAGUACAACGUGGCCCGAGACCUCAGCUAUCAAGAGUCCUUAUGUAGAUCACAAUGAAGAAAAUGUCAUGAUUCCUGAUGACACAGGAUUUUUGAAUGUUGAUGAUGAUGAGAUGAUUGAUGAUGAUGAUGAUUAUGUACCAGAAGGAGGAGCCGAUCUUAGUGGAUGGUCUUCCCGGACCAGGGCUGUUGCAAAGUAUCUGCAGAUCUUGUUUGAGAAGGAUGAUCUAAAUGGAAGGCAGAAUAUUCAUCUUGACAACUUAUUAGCUGGUAAAACACGCAAGGAAGCAUCAAGGAUGUUUUUUGAAACCCUGGUUCUCAAGACAAGGGAUUAUGUUCAUGUAGAGCAGCCGAAACCGUUCGCAAAUAUUAACUUAAAACCUCGAACAAAGCUCAUGAAGUCGGAUUUCUGAACCCUACAUGUAGCAGUGGCAGAUAUAGUUGUAAAGAAAGAUUCAAAGCAGUGGUGGGUUGUUUUGACUGAAAGUCUUGCAGCAGGGUCUCCCCCAAACGUUUUAGUUUAUUAUGGCUUUUCUCAUUUAUAAUUUUUUGGAGAUAGGAGAAUUUAGAUAUUUAGUUUCUUGAAGUGGCCUGAGUAUCAUCCAUCUUAUUGAUUAAUAAUAGUAACAGAAUAUGGUAAUAUGGGUCUCUAAUGUAUAUAUUUUUGUAAAGUAUCGCCAUUUGUAACUCCCACAGUCACUAAUCUUUAUGUUGGUUGUAGCAUUUCCCUUUAAACAAGAUUGAUAUUCUGCCUCUUCAAGCUUAUGUAACUUAGCUUGUGAUUUAGUUCUGUACCUAUUUUCUUUGUAUAUUAUGGUGCAAAUUCCUUGUUUGUUGGGAAAUUCACUAUGCAGUAUGCAGAAAGAAAUAUGAAUUUAUCUACGGCAGUUCAUAGUUA